AUGACUGUGGUUGACAUAACAGGCAGAUGCUCAGCCGACGGCCAUUAUGUGUUUCUGAACCACCGCAGUAGUGAGGUAAAGACCGAUGCCUACCUUACAAGCCUUACAGGAAGCAGCUCUGGCGCCAUGUGUCUGCAGUUCUAUCACUACAUGCAAGGUCGCGAUACCUGGACUGGGUAUCUAAAAGUAUACGUGAAGAACCCCAGUGUUAACAUCAUAGACAUCAGCCCAGUGUGGAUGGAGAGCGGGCCGAAGGGGGACAGGUGGAUCAUGAGCCGCAUUCCCUUGAUCUUUGGAGGGCAGUAUCAUGUUCCAGCUGUACCAUUUCCAAUUUCAAGCUCUAAUAUUGGUAUUCAGCAAAGCUGUAAUGUUUCCAAACUUUUAAAUAUGAUUCUAAUGGCCAAUAUUAGAUUCCACAUUGCUUCCACGUUAUAUAUAAUCGUGGUCAAUUCGCAGGUAGUCUUCGUUGGCAACGAAGGUAAAGAGGGCGACAACAGCAUCAUUGCCCUGGACGACGUUGCGAUGUUGCAAAGCCAAUGUCCUGUUGCAGCCACCUGUAGCUUCGAAGACGGUCUCUGUGACUGGCAGAACGAGCUAGGAUACGACGGCCUCGACUGGGUCAUGAACCAGGGAGCGACACCCACGCAGGACACCGGUCCGAAAUACGAUCAUACACUUCAGACUGCCUUGGGCCACUAUAUGUACAUUGAAGCAGAUGAUGGCAGUCCAAAUGACUAUGCUUUGUUAACGUCACCCUCAAUAGCUGCAGGACAAUACUGUUUCGAGUUCUACUACUAUAUGUACGGCGCCGAUAUAGGAGGGUUGGCAGUCCAGUCGGUGGUGAAUGGCGUAGAGAGGACGAAAUUCCAGGCAUUUGGGAAUCAAGGACAGGAAUGGAAAUUGGUCAGAGUCUUGUGUCAUGUGUAUAAAUUCAUGCAUGGUAAAGUAACACUCAAAGAAGAGGAAGAAUUUACCGUCCAGCUGAGAGGAGUGUUGGGCAAAGGUCCCCUCUCAGACAUGGCCAUCGACGACACCUGGACCACUAACAAGGCUUGUCCUGUUGACCCCGGCCAGUUCUUGUGCGCCGACGGGACAGGCAUAAGUUAUGAUAAAGUGUGCGACUUCAUUGCCGAUUGUCCUGGGAAGAAUGACGAAGAUCUUUGCGGUGAUUGUAAUUUCGAGCUGGGAUCCUGCGGCUGGACAUUCCUCAACACAAACGACAACAUCUGGAAGCGUGGAGGGAACAUGACAGAGGACGCGGGUGUUGAUUUCGUGUACGACCACACGCUGGGAACAGACGCAGGGUACUUUGUUUACACCAGCGAGCAACCCAGUGACGUACAGGGUCCAGCUGUGAUGGUCACCAAUCCCCUCCACAAUUCACAUCUUCAGUGUGCUAUGGAGUUUUGGUUUAGGGAGAACUCGGUAAUCGAGUCUGGUCGGCACGUGCAUUUAACCGUGAACGUUAAUAAAGAUGGACAGACCUCUCCAGUCUUCUUCCUUGUUGACAGCAAGAACAGAGACUGGAUGUUUGCAUCAGCCAGGCUUAUGGACUGGCAAGGAGAAUUCACCGUACAGAUCGAAGGUCAGAACGACAAUGGUCCAGCUGACCUGACCCUUGAUGACAUCAUAUUCACUGGCUGUGCCCUGCCUGUUUCCUCCGAUGAGUGUCUUCCUUACCAGAUGAAAUGUGCCUGGACAGGAUUGUGUAUUCAACCGGACCUUUUGUGUGAUAAUACGAACGACUGUGGUGACCUCAGUGAUGAACAGAAUUGUGGUUCAUACCCAAAUAUCUGUGACUUCGAGGAAAAUCAGUUGUGUCUCUGGAUUCAAGAACCUGAAAACGAUGAUAUUGAUUGGCAGUAUGGGAGCGGUCUGACACCUGUUGGCAGUAGAACUUUCCUGACAGGCCCUCCCGUCGACCACACGACUCGACUCUCAGUUGGCCACUACAUGUACAUCACUCCCUCACAGCCGAAACGGAGGAAGAAGAAGGAUAUGAAAACUGGUGCCUUGGCUACUCAGCCCAGUUUUGACUGUUGA